AUAUUACCAAAUAAUACGGCUCAGUUUGUCAUUCUAAGCAAUUUUUGUGCUGUUUUUAUUCACAAAAUAGGUGCAAUGUUUCCGUCAAAAAACAUAAACAAAUAUUUUCGUUCAUGUGCACACUAGUUUAUUGCGACUUCAACAAAAACAAUGAUGUGAUCUCGCUUCAGUAGUUCAGCAACAAAAUACAGCGCACUCCUAUUUACCCUCUAAAAUGUCCAGUAGACCUCAAUCUAAAUCCCGUAUUAGAGUAUGUAAUAAAUCUGUGUUUCAUCUCCAAGACAAGAAAGCUGAUGAGAAUGAGUUAUCAAUUGGUUUGAUUAAAUCCGCGAAGAGGACCGGACAACUCAGUUUAUGCAACAGGGGACUGGGGACAGUGCCUGACAAUGUUUGGAAAAUUGAUGAGCUGGUAUUGGAAGAGACCAAGGAGGUUGACUUCACCAGGAAUGAUAACAGUAUGUGGUGGAAUGCUGAGCCCCUGAAGACCCUUGACCUUAGUUCCAACGUUAUAAAAGUGAUACCAGCCAAUGUCAAGUUUUUGCAACAUCUCAUCAAUCUCAAGCUGCAUGAUAAUGCCAUCUCAAGCCUCCCACCGGAAUUUGGUGAACUAAAGAGUCUUAUGAACCUGACUCUAUCUCACAAUAGACUAGCAACACUGCCCAAGGAAUUCUAUAAGUUGACGGAGUUGCGCUGUCUGAGCAUAGCCCACAAUCAACUUUCAAAAAUAGAACCAGACUUUGGAGAUUUAGUUAUGCUGAACUUUUUGGACUUAUCACACAACAAAUUGACAGUGUUACCUCCAGGAAUGGGGUAUUUAGUACGCUUAGUAGAACUAAAUCUAUCGCACAAUGAACUACAGGAAUUACCGCCUGAUAUUGUUAAUCUUCGAGAUUUGAAGAAACUGAACAUCAGCAACAAUAGUCUAAAGAAAUUACCGCCAUUAGGAGAGCUACGAAAAAUGGAAAUACUAGACGCGAAUCAUAACGACAUUGAAGAACUACCCGACUUUUAUGGCUGUAAUGCCCUAAAAGAAAUAUACAUGGCUAACAAUUUUAUCAAGAUAAUCACGGACGAGUUUUGCGACCAGAUGCAGCACUUGAACGUGUUGAACAUCAGAGACAAUAAGCUGGAAGUGCUGCCCGAGAACAUAUCGCUCUUACAGAAACUCAAGCGGCUGGAUCUUACCAACAACAAUUUGAAUAAGCUACCGCGAAACCUGGGGCUCCUCUCGCAGCUGCAGAGCAUCAACAUGGAAGGCAACAAACUGUCGUUCGUCCGCCAGGACGUGAUCCGCGGAGGCACCGACCGCGUCAUGAAGUUCCUCCGUGACCGCAUCACUGAGGAGGUGGUCAACGAGACCAGGCUUACUACUGACGAGUGGCCGGACAAGUACACGUUAAAGAAAAGCCAAGCAUUAAUGGUACCGGGACGCGAACUGACGGCAAUACCCGACCACGUGUUCGCGGCGGCCGCGGAUGCAGAAGUGCAUGUCGUCGACUUCUCUAAGAACAAGCUCAAUUCUAUACCUUCGGGCAUCGUUCAAGUGAGCGACACUCUAACAUCGCUAGUGCUGACAUCGAACAACAUAAUGAACGUGCCCGGCGAAAUCAACCGCUGUCGGCAUCUGCAGUACUUGGACUUGGGCAAGAACCUACUCAUGGAUCUGCCGCCUGAGCUAGGAGACUUGAAGAACUUGAGGGAACUAGUCAUUUCUAAUAAUAAAUUUACGAAGAUACCGAGAUGUGUGUACGACCUAGAUAACUUAGAAAUCCUGUUGGCUGCCGAGAACAAGAUAGACGAGAUCAAUGUGUCUUCCGACGCUUUAGCUAAGCUGAAGAAACUGGCUGUCUUGGACCUUAGCAACAAUAGUAUCUUGACUGUACCGCCGGAGCUGGGCAACUUCACACAUCUCAGGAGCUUGGAGUUAAUGGGGAACGUUUUCCGUCAGCCGCGGCACGCCAUACUCGCUAAGGGAACUGCGUCCGUACUCUCUUACCUAAGAGACAGAAUGCCCACCAACUAGUCUUAGUCGAUUUUGUGGCCACACCGAAAAGCGUACAUAUUGGAACUUUGUGCAAGUUCGCGUCGAUAUGAGGCUUAAUGAAACCAAAAUUAAAUAUUAGGAAUUAAAGUUUGAAUAAAUGUUUCAAAAUCAGAGUUUUUGUCUUUAGUAAAGAAAGCUUUGAAUUUAAACCAAAACUAUAAAAAAUGAUGAAGUCGUUUUAUGAAAAUUUUCAGUAAUACUUGUAGAUGAUUUUAAAGUAUUCGCAUUUUUUUCAAAUUGAUCUUUUGAAACGUGACCCUUAGCGAACUUACACAAUAUUUCUGUAAGACGUUAAAGUCAUCAGUGUUGCCAUACAAAACAAAACGCAGUCAGCUUAUAAAAGCCAAAUAUUUUCUUUUUUUUUUCGCGUACCUGAUUACGGUAAAUCUUUAUUGCUUUUUUCAUUACUGUUGUUAAAGCCUUUCGUUAUUCUUUUUUAAAUUAUAUUUUUGCUGUUGAUUUAAAUGCAAUUGUUAUUCAAUUAUGUUGCUAACAUAGUUUUUAUUGACAUCUUUGACUAACAUUAGAGACUAUGGGUUGUGAGAUAUUCAGUAUGUCAUAAAAUAUCAAGAAAUUAAUGAUAAGUAACGACGAGUAUUUACAAUUGGUUACUGCAUAGUAAAUAUAUACUUACUCAAUAUGAAUGUUAUUUGCCAAAUGUGAGGAAAUCAUUUAUAUUUUUGGACACAUUGUUUGAAUGUUAUGCAACGUUGCAAAUGCAGAGGCAAAUGUUGACCACAGGCUGUAAUUUUUAUUAUCUUAUAAUAUCCACCGUUUUUGAUCCAGAAAUAAAUAAUGUUCAUAAAUUAAGCCUAGAAUAGAAAAUUAUCAAAUACAAUGUUAAGCUAACAGUGUUAAUCCAUAUAUUCAGCAGUUUUAAAUUAGGUGUUACUAACUACCUACUUACACGUUGUUUGAAAUUCAACCAAAGUAUUGCUCCAAGUACCUGAAGUUUAUUUUAUGUAAUAUACACAGCCUUUUACGUUGGUGGCUUGAGUGCGCAAAAGUAUUAUAAAUAUACCUAAAGCAAAGAAAUGCACAAGUUUGUUGAAAAUUUAUGAGCACAAUAUUAUAAAAAUGGAAAUCUAUGAGCAUAUCGCGUGAUUAUGAAAUAUAUGCUUUAAAAGUA